CACGCGAGAAGGAGAUCUGCGCUCUGGCGGCAGCGGCGGCAAGGGACGGGUGAGAGAGGGCAAGUAGAAAGAAGAAAGAGGUGGGAGAAGGAUUCUUCCGCCGACCGGCGUUACCUUUUGACGGGCGUCCGGAAGGUCUGGAUUGACGGCGAGACCGCGGGAGAAUUGACGGCGUCGUCGUCGGCGUAGACCCGGGGAGCUCAACGCCCACGUGAGAAUCGAGGUCGUAGGGCUACGUGGCAUGUUACGGUUGGAAGAUCGCUGCAGUUAAUCUUUGGUUAAAGUGUGGGGUAAACACGUGAAUAGGUAACUCUUAAGGGUUGAAGAGAGACAUUUCACUCGACGGCCGAAAAGAUAAGAGCUGGAUUUGGGCUCAACGGCGGGAGCCUUCUUAACUUUCGGAUCCAUGGCCGCCGCCGCCACGGCUAUGGCGGCUUCCCGAACCUCUUUCCUCCAACUCCUCCGCCCGAAGCUCCUCGGGCCUUCUCGAACCUUCUCCUCCUUCCGGUGCUGCCGCCGCCCCUGCACUCUCCCCCUUCUCCUCCGCCGCAGCUCCUCUCAGCCCGCCCCCGAAACCCUCGAGGCGCCGAUCCAGGGGUUGGACUCCUCCACCCGCACCCCCAAUGUCGUCGACAUCCUCCAGGAACGGGGCCUCAUCGAGUCCAUCACCAGCGAGAACCUCAGGUCCGCGUGCUCCACUCCCGCAGCCAAUCCCCUCAAAGUCUACUGUGGCUUCGAUCCCACGGCCGAAAGCUUGCACCUCGGGAACCUGCUCGGGAUCAUCGUCCUGUCCUGGUUCCAGCGGUGCGGCCACCAGGCUUUUGCGCUGAUCGGUGGCGCCACCGGCCGUGUCGGAGACCCGUCCGGUAAGAGUUUAGAGCGGCCGGAGCUAGACGUCGAAACGGUGGAUAAGAAUAGCGCCAGUAUUAAGGAUUUGAUCUCUAAGAUCCUGGGAAGAAGAGGAGGGAACGAGAUUGCUAUUGCUGGAUCCAAGAACGAGACAUUUUUGGACAUUGGCGACGACAAAGGCGGGAAAGGCGCGUUCUUUGAUUCGAUCUCAGAAGACAAUAGGAGUUCCGAUGAGUCUUUCAUGAUUCUGAACAAUUAUGACUGGUGGAAAGACAUCACGCUGUUAGAAUUCCUCAGAGAAGUAGGAAGGUUUGCUAGGGUUGGCACCAUGAUGGCAAAGGAGAGUGUCAAGAAGAGGUUGGUGUCAGAGGAAGGAAUGAGUUAUACUGAAUUCACUUAUCAGCUAUUGCAGGGUUAUGACUUCUUGUAUCUGUUCAAGAACGUGGGUGUCAAUGUUCAGAUAGGUGGUAGUGAUCAGUGGGGCAACAUCACUGCCGGCACCGAACUGAUACGAAAGAUAUUGCAGAUUGAGGGUGCUUUUGGUUUGACAUUUCCUCUCUUGCUCAAGAGUGAUGGAACUAAAUUCGGGAAAUCUGAAGGUGGAGCUAUAUGGUUGUCAGCAUCGAUGUUGUCACCGUAUAAGUUUUAUCAGUAUUUCUUUGCAGUUCCAGAUGUUGAUGUCAUAAGGUUUCUAAAGAUUCUUACGUUUUUGAGCAUGGAGGAGAUUCGGGAGCUGGAGGAGGAAAUGAAGAAGCCUGGUUAUGUUCCGAACACAGUUCAGAGGAGGCUUGCAGAAGAGGUGACCCGCUUUGUACAUGGGGAGGAUGGACUUGCUGAUGCUUUGAAGGCAACUGAAGCUUUAAGGCCCGGCGCUGAGACACGGUUGGAUGCGGAGACAAUUGAAGGAAUAUCAGAGGAUGUUCCAUCAUGUUCUUUGGCAUAUUAUCAGGUGUUAAAUUCCUCUUUGAUUGAUCUUUCGGUCUCUACUGGUUUGCUCAGUACCAAGUCCGCUGUACGACGACUAAUGAAACAAGGGGGUCUCUAUUUAAAUAACAAAAGGGUCGAUACCGAGGAAAAGAGGGUCGAAGAAGCUGAUAUAAUUGAUGGUAAAAUUCUUUUGUUAUCUGCUGGUAAGAAGAAUAAGAUGGUUGUGAGGAUAUCCUGACUUCUUGCCUCGAGUUAUUGUCAGAAUAUCAAUUUACUGGCUAUUUAGUUGAAAGAAAUUCAAGUUUUCAGCUUGAGAGCUGUA